UGCCGAUUGUGUCAGCGGUCACGGACGGACGGACGGGGCUGCCGUCACGUACUGCAGCACCGCUACUGGCUUCGCAUUACGUCCCGGUGACAACGUGCGGCGCUUCACCCAGUGUGAUGGCGGAAUCCCGUGGGCUCUGAAGCCCGGUUUGUUUGUCGCAUCUGGCGGCGAUGCCUCAGUGCAGUCGGCUCCUUUUCGGGGCCGUCCCGCAACUCGCUGCCCGGCUCCCUUAGGAUAGCUCUUCGGCUGCUCAGCCAGACCUUAGCGUGCGGAAGCCCAUCUCCGUUAUUCCUGGCCUGCUGUCCGCUCGCUGCGUUCCCCGCAGGUGGAGCAAUCUGAAGUCUUUCGUGCAGUUACUUUGGGCGAUUCUAACUUUAACACAGCUAUCAUGGCUUCAGAUGACCACAGCGUGCCUGCUUCUAUGUACGUUGCAGCAAUCGAACAUUCGUCCGGCAUACUAGAAAAGAUGUCCUUGCCGAUUGGGAUACACCGCAGGGCAUUCAGUUAUGAUGAUGCCUUAGAAGAUUUGUCGCCAAUGACUCCUCCACCUUCUGAUAUGGGAAGCAAUAUUUUGUGGAAACAGCCAGUUAUACCUGCGAGGAAAUACCAACAAUUAUCGAUGAUGGAAGAUGGAGAAAACAACGUUCAAUCUUCGGUAGUUGCUUCAUCAUCAGGUGUAAACCCAAGCAAAGUCCAUGUGGUGAAAGCCAAAGCAACGUCUGUUAUUAUGAAGUCACUUAUGACACAGCAGACACAGGAAAGUAUACAACGGUUUGAGAAGCAGGCAGGUCUAAUGGAUGCUGGUUACCAACCACACAAAGGUCUAGUUGCAGAAGAGGCCAGCUAUCACCGCGUAGGAGAGGCAUUACAGAAAUUCAAAGCACAGAGUGUGGACCUAAGUAAAGAAGAUAAGUCGAUAUCCUCCACUCAGUCAACUCCUUGUGGAUCUCCACAGUCUUCGCCAAUGCCAAAUCGCAGGUCUUUGUUUGGUCAUGGAGCAUCUUCUGAUUUGAGCAGUAAAAGUCUAGAAGGAGAUUCCACCGCAUCAGUUAGUGAAGUAACCACCACUGAAAAAUGGAGGCCUUUUAUGCGUUCACAAAAUUACAGAGGAAUUGAACAAGGUACUUUUGCCAUGCAGAAAUAUAAAGGCAUGCAAAAACCUUCACCUAUGGAAAUCAUGCGUACUCAGGGGACUGUUGCCAAACUUGCAGAAGAUCAUGCAAACUUAAAUCCACCCAAAAUGGAUAUAACCAUACUAGAAAGGCAAAAACACUCUGUUCGCAGUCAUCAAGUAGAACCCAGAGAUCUAAAUGUUUUUGCUCCUACUGGAUUUUAAUAUAAAUUGCAUAAAUGUGUGUGCCCUUAAUUCAAAUGUAUUAUGAUAUUAACUUGCUGCUCAUCUUAUGAAAUUUCAUUUUAUUGUAUGUAACUGCAUCAACAUGUAGAGAUUUUAUUUUUACACUGGGAGAAGAGAGAUUUGGAAGGGAAAAGAAGUUUGGAUUCCGUUAUAGAAUUGAAUUCCGUUGUAGAAUUAAAACCAGUAUGAAAAACUUGAACCCCACAAAUGCUUAUUUGCACCAAUAAGGAUAUACUGAAAAUUUCUUUAAUGUUUCCAGUCACUUAAUGGACAGAAACCUAAAUUAACGGACUAUCAAAGCCAGAGAUUUUUGGUUAUCCGAAUUAUAGUUAGUAAUUUUAAAGAGUUACAACAUAAUGCACUUCAAUUUGUGUAAGGUGAUGGGUGUGUGUGUGUGAGAGAGAGAGAAAAGAAGGAUAUGUGUUUACUAGUAAAGUUGCCUGUGCUGUCUGUAUCUGUUGAAUAAACAUGAACAUAAUUUUUUGACUUAUUUCA